CAUUCAUAUUUUUGAGACAAAAACGUGUGUCUGGCUGCGAUUUCUUGCAAAUAUAAAUAUUAAUAGUUAUUAAAAAAUAUAAGUUUCUUGUUUUAUUUUAUAAAUCCACUAAAAUUAAAUUAGCCACAAUAUGGCAAGUGGAAAAAAAGUUCUUCAAUUUCAUGAAAUGGAAUUGGAUGAACGUCUACUCAAGGCUAUUUCGAAGAUGGGUUGGCUGCAGCCAACGCUCAUACAAGAAGCGGCCAUACCUUUAUUAUUAGAAGGCAAAGAUGUGGUAGUGCGUGCACGUACUGGCUCUGGAAAAACUGCGGCAUUUGCAUUACCGCUUUUACAAAAACUGCUAAAUUCAAAAUUAAAUGCUUCCGAACAGUAUACCAGUGCACUAGUGCUGUCACCCAGUAAAGAAUUAUGCCAGCAAACACGUACUGCAAUGGAACAAAUGGCUGACAAAUGCGGCAAAGUUGUGCGCAUCGUAGAUCUCUCUUCCAGUGAUGUUGUCGCACAAAGACAUGUUCUAUCAGAGCGUCCUGAUGUAGUCAUAUCAACGCCAGCGAAAGUACUCGCACAUAUACAGUCUGGCGCUUUGGAUGUGAAAAAAAUUGAAAUGCUUGUCGUGGAUGAGGCAGAUUUGGUAUUUUCUUUCGGCUUUGAGAAGGAUUUUAAAAAACUUGUAGAAUAUCUACCGCCAAUUUAUCAAGCAGUGCUUGUGUCCGCAACUUUAUCGGAUGAUGUGAUGAAUAUGAAAAACAUUGUGCUACACAAUCCGGUUGUACUGAAAUUGGAAGAACCAGAUCUAGUGCCAGAAAGUCAGCUUACACAUCAACGCAUAUCAGCAGAAGAGAACGACAAGCCAGCCAUAUUGUAUGCUUUAUUGAAAUUGCGUUUGAUACGCGGCAAAAAUGUUAUAUUCGUAAACUCUGUGGACCGUUGCUAUAAACUCAAACUGUUUCUGGAGCAAUUUCAAAUAAAAUCGUGCGUACUAAAUUCGGAGCUGCCAACAAAGAUACGCAUACACACCAUUAAUCAGUUUAAUCAGGGUAUUUACGAUCUGAUAAUUGCAUCGGAUGAGCGCAUGUUGGAGAACCCUGGUCGCAAUAAAAGCGACCGCGAAUCGGGUGCCUCGCGUGGCAUAGACUUUCACUGCGUAUCGAAUGUAAUAAAUUUUGAUUACCCCAUUGAUGUGAACUCGUACAUACAUCGUGCUGGCCGUACGGCGCGUGGCACAAAUAAAGGCAGUGUCUUGUCGUUUGUUAGUUUAAAGGAUAAAGAAGCAAAUGACGCUGUGGAGGAGCGUUUGCGUAGCGGCUACAUGAGCGAGGAUCAAGUGAUCAAAAAUUACCAAUUCAAACUGGAGGAGGUCGAACCCUUCCGUUAUCGUGCACAAGAUGCUUGGCGCGCUAUUACACGCAUUGCUGUGCACGAGGCACGUAUGCGCGAAAUAAGAAUAGAAAUUUUCAAUAGUGAGAAACUGAAAGGCUUCUUCAAUGAGAACACACGCGAUCUACAAGUGCUGCGUCAUGAUAAACCGCUGAAGACGGUUAAAGUGCAACCACAUUUAUCACAUGUGCCUGAGUACAUCGUGCCUAAGGCGCUUAAACGCAUGGCGACAACUGCAACAACACGCGCGCCCAAACAGUCACGCGGUUAUCACUCCACGGCGAAAGCGGCUUACGAAAGCCAAAAGGAUAAUCCACUAUUAUGCAGCGAAAUCGAUUAUGGUCGCAAGCGUGGUGGCGGUAAAAGGAAAUGAGCAUUUCUUAUUUCGUUUUAUUAAGUUUUAGCGUUAAUUUUUUUAAAAUAAAUUUUAUGAAAAACUGUAA